AUGUGUGGCUGUGAGGCUCUUUUAGUAGCCUCAGAGUUCCAGGAGAGUGGUUUUCUCCAGAAUAGGCCAGGCAACAGCAGGAGCCUCAGUCACCUCAGCUUGGGACAACUCUAUAAGAGCAUGAGACCUAAGCCAACAUCAGCUUUUACAUAAACUAUUUCAACAAAAUUGCAUCAGUGUCAGACCUUCAUUUAGUGCAACACUGCCAUUGAGGCAGAAGGGAAAAUCCACCCAUUGGUCCACCAUGCGUUGUUUGAUCAGCCAUGGUAAUGGUAUGACAUAACAAACUGCUCCAUCCUCUCCCCCUGCCUCGCCCGCCAGGUCUGCCCCCCCCAUGGUUCCGCAUCGGGGAUCAGGAGUUUGACGCCCUGCCCGCCCUGCUGGAGUUCUACAAGAUCCACUACCUGGACACCACCACGCUGAUCGAGCCCAUCAGCAAGGCCAAGCAUGCAGGCUUCGUGAGCUGUGCCGCCGCUGCAUCGGGCGGCACCCCGCAGGAGGCAGAGUUUGUUCGCGCCCUCUUCGACUUCCCUGGCAACGACGAGGAGGACCUGCCCUUCCGCAAGGGUGACGUGCUGCGCGUGCUGGAGAAGCCUGAGGAGCAGUGGUGGAACGCGGCCAACCAAGAGGGCCGUCUCGGCAUGAUACCCGUGCCCUACGUAGAGAAGUACCGGCCCGCCUCGCCCACCUCCUUGGGGGCUCCGGCAGCAGGGAGGCCCGGCGGGGCAGGAGGAGUAGGCGGAGGACCGGCGGCUGUUGGAGGCAGCACUACCGACGGAGCAGCUCCCCAGCUGCCCCCGCCUCUGGGGGAGCCGGGCCAGUAUGCCCAGCCCGUGGGCAACACACCCCUGCCCAACCUGCAGAACGGACCUGUCUACGCCCGUGCCAUUCAGAAGAGGGUGCCCAAUGCCUACGACAAGACGGCCCUCGCCUUGGAGGUAUUAGUUUGCCCCCUUUAUUCGCCUUCCUCUGUCCCCCUGUUCUCCACCCCUCUAUGGCGCUCUGUCCCUCUUUUCUGUUUUAUGUCAUGUGCCUUAUAUCUUUUCUCUGCUCCAAGAGCCAGGGUGCUGCUUCUGCUGUAAUUGCGUACUCUUGCCUGUAAGCAUACAUAUGCACACGCAGGCAGGCACACUCGAACAUACGUACGCACACAUACACAUGAUGACAUGCAUAAUGGCUUCAUGCAUAGUGUUUUCCCUAGAUUUUCUUUCAAAUUCUAUCCAAUCUAUGUCUAUAUUCUAACCUGUGUGUGUGUUUGUGCAGGUCGGAGACAUGGUAAAAGUGACCAAGAUCAACGUGAACGGCCAGUGGGAGGGCGAGUGCAAGGGCAAGCAUGGCCACUUUCCCUUCACGCAUGUCCGGCUUCUGGACCACCAACACCCUGAGGACGAGAGCUGA